UUGCCUGAAGCGGACACGAUUCGAAGGAUAUUGGAAGAACAACGAAGAGGACGCAACCAUUUCAUUCCCGAGCUGCCAACACCUCGUGAAGAAACUAAGCUAGAGGUUCAUGAAGGAGAGAAGGAUAAUUUUUCUGGGUCAGAUAGAACCAUUACUACCGAUGACGAAUCUGUUAUGAAAAGUGACGACGACAUUGAGGUAAUCGAAGUCUCAUUGGUUUGGAGAUUUAAUGGAGGUGAAUCGACGGGCAUUGAAAGGUAUAUUACGCCCUUUCGAUCCGCUGGCGCUAUUGUUAGACGCUGCUCUAGAGGGAGAAUUGGAUCUUGUGAAAUCCAGUGCCUUUUGUUGCUUAUUAUCGUAAACCAUAAACAAUUAUUGGAAAUUUUUUGGAAAUUUGUGAGUUCAAUGUUCUCAAUUAAUUUUAAGUUGUCGGAUGUUUCUGCUGCUAACGAUGAAGGCAUCACAGCUCUUCACAACGCCAUCUGCGCAGGUCAUUAUGAGAUCGUCAAAUUCCUCAUCGAAGCAGAUGCUGAUGUUAAUGCUCAAGAUUCGGAUGGUUGGACACCUUUGCAUUGUGCAGCGAGUUGCAAUAACCUUCCCAUGGUACGUCAGUUGGUGGAAGGUGGCGCGUGCGUAUUGGCGUCGACAUUAUCUGAUAUGGAGACUCCAGUUGAGAAAUGUGAGGAAGAUGAAGAGGGUUAUGAUGGUUGUCUACGUUAUCUAACCACUGCUCAUAAUUCUACUGGGACAAUAAAUAAUGGGAUGGUAUACGCUGCCUAUGACUAUGAUGCUCAGUUUGAGGAUGAACUGUCUUUUAAAGCCGGUGACCAAUUACGAGUUGUUAGUAAGGAUGACAAAGAAAAGAACUGGUGGACUUGCGAGCGCGUUGGUCAUAAUGGAGAGAUGGGGUUGGUACCACGAACGUAUGUCGCACUCUAUCCUGCUCUUCGGCACAGAAAACGGUUGGUUGAGUUUUCGUUGUGGAGUCUUUUUUGUAGCUUCUUUAUAGGUUUCCAAGAAGGGAACAAACUUUUCGGAGACGUGCCAUGA